GGCUGACUAGAAGACGAAAAAAAGCGGUUCGAAACAGAAAUGUAAAUAUAAUAAUCUGGUCUCGGAAUGGCGGUGUUGAGGUUGCUGGGCCUGUGUGCCGUGUCGGGUUAGCGUCAGGCACUAUAUACACAUCAGCACCUCAGCCACCUCCAUCCGUUCCAGACCGGUACCAGACAGGGAGAGGCGGGGCUAGAGCGCAGACACCUCCCUUCUGCUUCCUGAUUGGCUGGCAGUCGGCAUUGCGCCCCUUCACUUCCUACACGUGGUUACGCGGCAGCCCGGCGAGAGGAAGAGAGAGUUUGGGUGCUGCUGAUCCAGAUAAUCUCAACAUGGUUUUGAAGAAGAAAAAAGAACUCAAGGUUGACGUGUUGGUGUUUGAUGGACCCAGUAUUCAGAGACUUAAAGAUUUUGUGGAUGAAAAGGAACAGAAUGUGCCAGCGCUGCUGCUUCAGUGUGUGCAGCUUCAGGAUGGAGUCCAGCAAAUACACUGUAUCAAACAGAUUGUGCCUAUCCUGGGAAGCUUACCCGAAGACAGUACCAACGCUGGCAUGGUAUGCGCUUGCCUUGAUGUCCUGAGUGAGAUGUACUUCUCUCUGAACUCCAAGAACCCAUUGAAGAAGGUUUUGGCCAGUUCAUUGAACAGUGUUCCUGACCAAUACAAGCCGGAUGCUGUAAGUGCAUUUACCCGCUGUCUUGCUGAGGAUAUUGCAACUGAAGAUCCUGAACAGUACAGAAAAGUGGUGGACGAUCUGGCCUCGUGCAUGGAGAAUUUCAGUCUGGGUUCCUCCUGUGUUACAAGUCUGUUUCUAGAAGCCCUUCAGUUUCUAGAGAGAGUGUUACGUAUGUUCCAAAGCCAAAACAAAAGAAUCCUUGGAAAUGGCCUUGCUCAGACCCAGUUGAUACACGACUUGCUCACUGCAGUAAAACUGUCCAUGAUACUUGUGCAGAAAGUCCAAGACCCAAUUCAGACUGCUCUUCAAUCCUGCAGUGCCGCCCCUCUUUGGAGAACUCUGUGUGACCUGCUUGGUCGCUUUGCUGAUCUAGUGAUGGAUGAGGACCUGCUUCAGAAUGUUCAGUGCACCUCUGGGAUGGCUGUCGUUCUGUACCUGAAGACGAUGUUACAUGACAGCAGCAAACUUCCCAAAUUGGUCAGCAAUGUGAUUCUCUGUACUGUGGAUCCUGUGGAUACUCCUGAUUGGUUCCUGAGCUGCUGCAGAAGGUUCUGUAUGGACCUGCCUGAUACUGCACUGAUCUUCCUGGGCCAGGGAGCCCUUGCUAUGUUAGAGUGGAAAGAUGGCAGCAUGGGCGAGGGCAGCGAGAAAUUACUGCUUGACCUGUUGGAUGUUUUGCUGUUUCAAAGUUCGCGCCUGAAAGAGUCGAGUGCAGCCAUGUUGCUUUCAAGGGUAUUAGCGCUGUGGACUGGCUCAGCCCUAGAACUCCUCACCAUCUGUUCCACAGGGUUGAAGGAUAAACUGAAUGGACGCUCAAGUGCCAUGCAGAAGAUUCUGGAGUAUGUUUAUGUACACUGGGAGCAUCCGCUAGAUGCAGUGCGACAUCAGACCAAACUUAUCUUCAAAAACCUCCUCCAGAUCCAUAGGAAGUCCGUAGCGCUGUCAGAUGAGGAUCCAUUUCUCUCGGAACUCACCCACAGCUUGUUGCAUUUGGAGUGGCACUCAAAGGGGAAGUAUGCUUCACUCGGGUGCCUUGUGGAGUGUGUGGGAACAGAACAGAUUUUGGCCGUGGAUGGCACAAUACCAUCACAAAUCCUAAAUGUUAUGGGGGACCAGUCUUUUGCACCCUAUGCUAGUAACCUCUUGGAAGCCAUGUUUAUCAACCAUAAAAACCAGCUUACAUCAAGAUCCGGAGGCCAGUGUUGGACUGAGAGAUGGCACGACAUCUGGGUGAAACCUCUUCUCUUGCGGCUGUGUGAGGAAAAUAUAAACCAGACCACUUACAUCAUUGAUUAUUAUUUGCCCAAGCUUCUGAAAUGCAACCCAGAAAGCUUAAGCUUCAUGAUAGAGGUUCUGCAAGCCUCUGCCUCUACAAAUCUUGGGUCAGGGAGUAGCCGUGGGUCUCUAGGUGCCAUUAUGGCAUGUCUUAGAACAGCUCGAGCUCAUGGACACCUCCGAUUUACUGAGAAUUAUGUGUGGAGCGGAAAGGUCUCAACGACUUUGAUCCAACAAGGUCUGGUUCACAAGCAUGAUCAGGUUCGUGUGGAUGCUUUGGGACUCCUAUGUGAAAGCCACUGGAGCACAGAAGUGGUUUCACUGGAUGAAAUGAAACUGGUCCUGUUCUGUCUUCAAUACAACUUGAAUUGUCAGUCCCCUUCCAUCAGGCAGCAACUGUGUUACAUGCUCAAGAAGCUCUUUUGCCGUAUACAUGAAAGUUCCCAAGUUCUGUAUAAACAGGAGCAGACCAAAAAAUUAAAUAUUGCGAAAGAUGUAAGGAAUGUGGGUGACUCCUCUCUAGCCCUUCAGCAGUACCAGGAAUUCAUGGCAUCUGUAACAAACUCUCUGUUUGAGUCUCUCUUUGCUGGUUCCUCUCACCCCACAAGGUUCUCUGCAUUAACUAUUUUGGGAGCCAUUGCUGAAAUAUUUCCGGUGGAAGAAGGGUCCUGCCAGAGUGUGUUCCAUCUGGGCCCGGCAGUGCAGGCCCAGCAUGUCCAAGCCCUGUUAGAGUGCCUUAGCAACACCUUUGAGGAAGUGAAAGUCCUUGCGUUUGUACUUCUCAGAAAGCUGACUCCAUGUGUUUUGGUCUCGAAGGACAGCGCUAGACUGCAUCUCUUACUCCAAGCCGCCAUGGACCUCAGCACCAGCACCAAGCAUUUUGAUUGUGUGACUGCUUCAUACCUGCUGAACUUCUUAAUGUGUCAGGAAGCUCUGCCCGUGGCUCUGGAUGCCCUGGAUCAGAACCAGCCAGGCCCAGUAGUGUGUUGGUCAAGGAAUACUGAGCGGGUCAACUUUGUGGAAAGAAACGCCUUUUCUGCUGUCAGGUACCUGAUGAACAAACUUGGGGUAGAGAUUGUACAAGCAGAAAUGUCCUUACUCCAAGCUGCAGCUUCCUUCCCAUUGUACGGCCGGGUACACUGCAUCAUUGGCUUGUUACAGCAGCUUCCCCUCAAGGAGCUGUCGAUGGUGGCAGAAUGGAGAGAUCUAAUUGGUGAGCUUCUACUGAUGUCCUAUAGGCUGUCUGCAAUUGUGUCGCCAGUCGUCCACAGCUCAUCUCCUGAAGGUCUAAUGCCGAUGGACACGGACACUGAAGCGGCAGCCCAAUUACAUAUGAUAAUGAGCGAGAUCCAGCCACGGGACACUAACGACUACUUCUCCCAGCCAAGAACAUUACAGAAGGAUCUCCAUUCCCAGCCCCUCCCAGAAGACACUGCCCCAGCAAAUUCUCUGUGCACAGAAAUGAAAGGGAGCGAGGGGUCGUCCUGCAGUGUGACUGCCCAGAUGGUGCUGGUGUGUUGCUGGAGAAGUAUGAAGGAGGUUUCACUCUUGCUGGGAAUGCUGUGCCAGAAUCUUCCUCUAAUGACUGAGCCGGACUCUCCCCGUGGCCUUAUCACAGUGGAGCAGGUUAAAGAAAUGGGAGAAUAUUUUAAGCAUCACCUUUUGCAGUCCAGACACCGAGGGGCUUUUGAACUGGCUUAUGUUGGUUUUGCCAAGCUUACAGAAAUGCUGAUUGGCUGCAAGGAGGAGAGCCUGCGUCGCUUACCAGGCCAGUGGCUAUGCAGUGUCUUGGAGGAAAUUAAAUCGAGUGAUCCUUCUUCUAAACUAUGUGCAACCAGACGCAGUGCUGGGAUUCCAUUCUAUAUACAGGCCCUGUUGGCGUCAGAGCCCAAGAACAGUAAAGCAGGUUUUCUGAAGAUGACCAUGAAGCAGUUAAUAUCAUUGGCCAUGCCUGAGAGUGAUGCUUCUGGAGAUAAAAGCACAAUUCCACAGGUUCAUGCUUUGAAUAUCUUGCGAGCCCUUUUCCGAGACACGCGUUUGGGUGAAAAUGUCAUUCCAUAUGUCGCAGAGGGGACCCAAGCCGCCAUUCUGGGCUUUACCUCACCCAUCUGGGCAGUGAGAAAUUCCUCCACGCUCCUCUUCAGCACGCUGAUUACACGAAUAUUUGGCGUAAAAAGAGGAAAAGAUGAGCGAUCCAAGAAAAAUAGGAUGACGGGUAGAGAAUUCUUCUCUCGUUUCCCAGCCCUCUAUCCAUUUCUCCUGGAACAGCUGGAAGUUGUUGCCGACACGGUUGACAGUCCUACAGGAGAAUCCAAACUUCAUCCCAGCCUGUUCCUUUUGCUGCUGAUCCUGAGUAAACUCUACCCAUCACCAAUGGAUGGCACCUACUCCGCCCUCAGCAUGGCCCCCUUUAUCCCCUUCAUCAUCAGAUGCGGGCACUCACCAGUUUACCGUUCACGAGAAAUGGCUGCUCACGCUCUUGUGCCCUUUGUUAUGACUAAUGAAGUACCUCAGACUGCACUGAACUUGCUAAACAGCCUACCCCAUUCCGCUGACCCUCGCAUAAGGCAAAACCGUGUCCAUGGAACCCUCUUACAGGUUUUCUACUUGCUGCAGUCCUUCUUUGAGGCUAAACACUCGGCUAAUUCAGAGCGGAUUCAGCGGGAGAUGGGUGACAUCAUGGCGUGCAUGAAAGCCAGGCUGUGGCUGGCCAAGAGUCAAAACCCCUGUUUGGUGACGAGAGCUUCUUUCAUCAGCAUCUUGGAAAUGAUCAUCAAUAACCAAGAGAUACUCAGAAAUAAAGAGUUUUCCAGCUUCUACAGUGACAUAUGCACUAUUAUCGAGUGUGACCUGUCAGAAGUUGUGCCCCACGCAUCAGCUAUUCCCGGACUGGUUCAGUAUGCGCAGAGCAUGGCACGCCUUGUUCUAUCUGUGCUGACCUUGAAUGCCAAGCUUGGGGGGCCAGACACUGAUGCGGGAAGCACUGUGUGCCCAUCCCAAUUGCUGGAAACAUUGCUGAGGUCGGAUUUCCCUGAAGUGCGGUUGUUGGUGCUCGAGUCAUUGUCCAAAUGGAGUGAUACAUGUGCGGAAGAAACCAGGAACUAUUUAACUUCUAAAGCCGAGAAAACGCUCUUUGAGAUGAUAUCAGUGGAACGAAACCCUGAAUGCCUGUGCCAGGUGCUGACCCUCUAUUAUAAAAUAGGAGCUGAAGAACUUCUGCUGAAAAUGAAACAUCUCCAGACAGAGCCAAAGGAUUUGCUGGUUAGGGUUCUAAAGCUUGCAUCUACAGCAAGUCACAGUGUGGAAAUCCAGAGUUCAGCCCUUAGACUUUCCUCUGAGCUGCUCAGCGCUCUCGUAGCCAAGGCCCAAGAGGAUGUUGGAUCAGAGUUAAAGCACUGGGCUGCGCUGGUGGGUCAGUUCUGUGAAGAUGAGCUCCAGACUGAGGUGAAACUGGCAGCUGCUGAGAUGCUGAUUAAAACUGCACCCUGUUUUGUGACCAAUCAAGUGCUUGUACUUGGACUGGCAGAUACCCUGAGCCUCUGGAUGGGCAUCUUUCAGCUGCUGCAGAGCGAAGACAUAAGCGUCAGGGAUGCAGCUGCGGAUAUCAUCCGUGUGUAUCAUGCCCGGGAGAGCCACAAGUCUGAGACAGUGUUCCCGUAUUGUACGGUCAACCCUCCCAUGGCCUUGGACCUUGCUCUUCAAGCUCUCUGUGGGCUCCUUCAGCAGUGGGACCAAGUUCCUGCAGGCAUCCCAAUCCUGCUGCAGUGGCUGUUGGGAGAUGAUGAUGAUGAUCUAAGUGACUUGGAGACAAUGAGACUGGUGGAAGAAGACUUCUUGUUUGAGAAAGGAGAAGCAAACUUCUGGGCUGAGAAACUAAUGUUUGUUAGGCUGCUGUCUAAACAUCUUAAAGACCUAAUUACAUCUGCCCCCUCAAGUCUUCCACCUAAGGAAAAUCUGAGUGAGCUCUCAAGUGCAGCCACUAAGCGAUCAGAGACCAUCCAGCGAUUUCUACAGGCCCUUCCACCCACUCCGGAAUUCCUGAAAACCACUGAAUACAGCAGACUGCUCAUUGAGAAGGAAAGGACCUCUCGGUGCAUCCAACUGUUAGCCUUCCUACAGAAAGAGAAGCACCAGGGAUUUGCCUGAAACAACAGUCCCUCUUUUAAAUUAUUUUUAAAUGCCCGAUUUUUCACUGUUAUUAUGUUUUAGUGAUAAUAAAAUAGUGCAUUUCCAUUAUU